AUGUCGAAGAUACUAACGCCGAAACAACAAGAAGAGCUAAAUAAGGCAGUACUACAAUACCUCGAGCCAUUGCUCAAGGAGGACUCUUCCACAGACGCUUCAUCCGUAGAAGAUGCGUUGAACAAGAUCUUGAAUGUCGAAGCAGAAAGCAAUAUAAUACCCAACUAUUUGGAAAAGAAAUGGUCUACCGUGCUACGCUUGCAACGUCGUAUAAUAGACUUGGAAACUGAAGUGAAAUCGUUGAAAUUGGCGUUGGAAAGUAGACCUGAGGUGCCAGCGCAUGCCAUCAAUGGAACUGUGAAUGGAGACCUUGGCCCAUUCGCCUCGUCCUCCAAGUUGAAUUGGAUCCCAAACGUGUCGAUCAAGAACUUUCCAACCCAGGCUACCCAGAUUGUAUCUGCUGUACAGAUCCACCCAAAAUUGCCCAUUAUAUUUAGUGGUUGCUCAGAUGGUGCUCUUGUGGUGUGGAGUAUGGUGAAUGACCAAAGCACGUCAGGAAUACCUGAAAAGGUGAUCAAGGCACACACAAGAGGAAUAAACCGUAUAAGGACGUCAUUGAGCCCUCUCGAUUUGGUCAAUAAGGGCAGCAGUAGUGGGGACUACUUGUUGGCUACCUGCUCGUCCGACUUAAGUAUCAAGAUUUGGAAUGCAGAGACUUACCAGCAUGUAAGGACCCUCUCUGGCCACGAUCACACGGUUUCGUCUAUAGCGUUCUCCAUUGCAAAGCCUACUACGUUGUACUCUGUGUCCAGAGACAAAUCCAUAAAAGUGUGGGACUUAACAAAUGGGAUCUGUAACAAGAGCUAUGUGGGACACAGCGAUUGGGUAAGAGAUGUUGAUGUCUCUCAUACCCCAACCGACAAAACGUCGUCCGUUGGUGAAUUCUUAUUAACCUGUUCCAACGACCAGUCAAUCAGGUUGACUCAUGCAGAAUCUGGGACUGGUUUAGCAUUGCUUAUAGGGCACUCUCAUGUAAUCGAAAGAGUGAAAUUCUUACCAGUAAGCUCAAAUUACUAUGUUGAUAAAUACUUGAAAGACAAGCAUUCUUCGAAGUUCUCCAACAUACCGAAGGAGCUUAUUGAAAAUCCGAUUUAUACAAAGGUCCUAGGCUAUAAGUACUGUAUAUCUGCUGGGAGGGAUAAUCUACUCAAGCUCUGGUUGCUCCCACCACCAGAACUCAAACCACACCGAGAUCCAAUGCCAUCACAAUACAACAACUCUCAAGGUUGGUUUCUCUGUGAUAUGGUAGGGCACCUGUCAUGGAUUAAGAGUAUUGAGGUGCACCCUAAUGGAAAAUAUAUAUUCAGUGCUGGGGACGACAAAAGUAUAAAGAUGUGGGACUUGAGUCUACUUGCAAGUGGUAAUGCAAAUUGUGUCAAGACUCUUAAUGGGCACAAUGGUUUCAUUACAGAUAUAAACUUUGCACCCGUACAGGAAGAGGAAGUAGGAGAAUCCGAAACCAGAACUAAAAAAGGAGAUGAAACAGAGGAAGACGUAGAAGUCGCUCACGAGAAGCUAAUGAAGCUGAUAGAAUCGAGAAUAAGGUGCAUCUUUGUGUCUGGUGGCAUUGACAACUCAGUUAGAGUAUGGAGUUGA